GAACCCAACCCCCUCCCCUUCACCCUUCCUUGCCUGGCUGGGAGAGGGGAGUCUGUUCCUUUGGCCUCCUCCUCCACUUAGCCUCUCUCUUUCCUCCUCCUCCUUCCUCUCCUUCUGAGGAAAUAUGAUUGUUGGCUGAAAAUUUUGGAUUAGAGCCCUUUGAGGGAUUUUUUUCCCUUGACAGAAGAGGGAGGAAAAGCAUCUUGAAUACGGUUUGGUUCUUCAUUAGGGUGGUUCCAACAUGGAGAGACCCAACUCACUUGAAGCAGGCAGGGCCCCAGGGAAGAUUGGGGAAUCCUGGGAAAUAACUAUGCAGAUGAUCCUGGAUAAACACAUACAGUUCCAGCACUUCAGGCAUUCCUCCUUCCGAGAGGGCGAGGGACCCAGAGAGGUUUGCAGCCGCCUCCACUCUCUCUGCCGCCAGUGGCUGAAGCCAGAGCAACACACCAAGGCGGAGAUGCUGGACCUGGUGAUCCUGGAGCAGUUCCUGAGCAUCCUGCCCCCAGAGAUGGGGAGCUGGGUCCGAGAGUGUGGGGCAGAGACCUCUUCCCAGGCGGUGGCCCUGGCGGAAGGCUUCCUCCUGAGUCGGGCAGAGGACGAGAAGCAGGAAGGACAGAUCCAAAAUAACUGCAUUGAAUUCCACCCUGAUGUCUCUGAAUCAGCGAAACCUCCAUCAGACACCACCCAGAGCCUCCAGCAGAAGGAGCUCAAGCAGGAAGAUGAUGAGACUACAGCAUUGGAGGGGGCUGGAAUGAUGUUGUUGCCGAAUCCUCAGUCAUUUCUUCCCCUUUGUGAUGGAGUGGAACUGAAUCAGGGCCCAAUCACCUUUGAGGAUGUGGCUGUCCAUUUCUCUUUGGAGGAGUGGGCUCUCCUGAAUCCUGGUGAGAAAGCCUUGCACGUGCAGAUCAUGGAGGAGAUUCAUGGGAUUGUGGACUCUCUUGCAGAUAACUGGGAGAAGUGCAAUGUAUGCACCAAACACAGAAAUCAUUUUGGACACAAUGGGGGUCUUCCUACGCACCAGCAAGUCCACAGUGAAGAUGGAGGUUCUGCCAGAGAAAGCCCCUACAAAUGCACUGUAUGUAGGCAAUGGCUUACCCAAAAUAAUGCACUUUUGCUUCAUGAGACACUCCAUGAUGGGAAAACCCAUUUUAAAUGGAAAGUACUGGGAAAACAUGUUAUUGAUUACGAAUUGCCACUUCUAAACCAACAAGAAAUCUUUGAAGGAACGGAGGAUUUCAUAUGCCAAGAGUGUGGAAAACACUUUGCUUACAGAUCGCUGUUAAUGGCUCAUCAGAGACUUCACACAAGAGAGAAACCAUACAAGUGCCAGGAGUGUGGGAAAUCUUUUAUGAAGAGUUCACACUUGGUGAAGCAUGAAAGAUUUCACACGGGAGAAAAACCAUACAGAUGCCAGGAGUGCGGGAAGUGUUUUGCUUACAGUUCACACUUGGUGAGCCACAAAAGACUCCACACAGGUGAGAAGCCAUACAAGUGCCAGGAGUGUGGGAAGUGUUUUGCCUACAGUUCACACUUAGUGAAACACAAAAGACUUCACACAGGAGAGAAACCAUACAAGUGCCAGGAGUGUGGGGAAUGUUUUACUCAGAAUACACACCUUAUGGAGCACUGGGGAUCCCACACAGGAGAGAAACCAUACAAGUGCCAGGAAUGUGGGAAAUGUUUUGUUCGGAGUUCAUCCCUUGUGACCCACCAGAGAGUUCACACAGGGGAGAAACCAUACAGGUGCCCAGAUUGUGGUAAAUGUUUUGCUUACAGUUCACACUUGGUGAGGCACCAAAGACUUCACACAGGAGAGAAACCAUACAAAUGCCAAGAGUGUGGGAAGUGUUUUGUCCAGAAUGUACACCUCAUAGACCACUGGAGAACCCACACACGAGAGAAACCAUACAAAUGUCACAAAUGUGGAAAAUGUUUUACACAGACUUCGUCCCUUAACAAGCACCAGAGAAUCCACACAGGCUAAAAAACACACUAAUGCCAGGUGUUUGGGAAAUGUUUUCCUCAGGAUUCAUACCCUUUGAGCCAUCAGAGCCUAGAUACAGGAGA